CUGCGCGGAUCCCAAUCGCUCGAUACAACUUUUCCAUCCGCGCAUUAUCCUUUCCGUUUUCCAGGAAAUCAAGCAUGACUGCACAGCGUGUUCAAAAUUAGAAGCGACCUGCAGAGCAACAGAAAAUAAGGCCCCUGAAGUUGAACCAGUCCAGACGCCAGAACAGGAGCUGUUGACACUUCCAAUAAUUUUUUUCCAGCCCUCCUGGUUGCAAUGGAUCUUUCUAUGCAGAGUUCCACUUUACCUGCAACCCUCUACAACACCAGUAUGACAAUGAAUGCAUCAGGGAACAACACUUUUGAGCAGUUUACUGAUAUCAACCUUUUUGAAAUCCUCGGUCCCAAGAGAUCCCCCUUUUUUCUCCCUGUGACAACUGUUUAUCUUUUAAUUUUCCUCACAGGGUUGUCUGGAAAUCUUCUCACUUGUGCAGUGAUAGCAAAGCACAAGAAGAUGCGAAACCCCACUAACUUCUACCUUGUGAGUCUGGCUGUCUCAGAUCUACUCGUUCUGAUGUUCGGCAUGCCGUUGGAGAUUUAUGACCUUUGGGAGAAUUACCCAUUCCCCUUUGGUGAGGGCGGCUGCUAUUUCAAAACCUUCCUCUUCGAGACAGUGUGCUUCGCCUCCAUCCUUAAUGUCACCGCGCUCAGUGUGGAGAGGUACAUCGCUGUGGUGCAUCCACUUAAAACACGAUACCUUUCGACCAACCAGCAUGCCAAACGUGUCAUCACCUUUGUGUGGGUGGUGUCGAUGAUCUGUGCCAUCCCUAACACCUCGCUUCAUGGGAUCUUCUACUUGCCUGAGAGAAUGGAGGAGUCUGCCAUAUGUGCUGUGAUCAAACCCCUGUGGAUCUAUAACUUGGUGAUGCAAAUCACAACUGUUUGUUUCUACUUUUUUCCUAUGAUGAUCAUUAGCAUGCUCUAUCUAGUUAUGGGCGUUCAUUUAGGUAGAGAAAGAAGGCGUACUAGGAAAAACCUAGGGAAGAAAUGCUCCAGCAACAACAGGAGAAGGGUCACUGGGGAAAAUGGCCGCAGAAGACAGGUCAUCAAGAUGCUCUCGAUUGUUGUGGCUGUAUUUGGAAUCUGCUGGGCUCCUUUCCAUAUUGAGCGGCUUCUGUGGAGCUCAGUCAACCAGUGGACCGACAUGAUGCACAAUGUUUAUCAGUACGUCCACAUCCUGUCUGGCAUCUUCUUCUACCUAAGCUCUGCGGUAAACCCUAUCAUCUACAGCCUGCUGUCCACGCGAUUUAGAGAAUGCUUCCGGGAACUCGUCUGCUCCCACUCAGAGGGAAACACCUCUAGCAGAGACUCACCACCUUUCCCCAAGAUUUUACUGGAUGCCUCCAUCUCAAGUUCGAGAACUCAGUAUGAGAUAAAGGACUCAACCUCUACCAUCCCGUUGCUGUCUCACAGUGUGACUUUGAAUAUGGAAACUGCAGUCCUUCCAUGUGUAGCUAAAGAGACCAGCUCUAAGACCUCUGUUCUCUGAGAUUUGUUUUGGGACUGACCAGAAACAUUUUAAAGUUGUGGUAAACAUUUUGAGAAAUGGAUUUAUUUGCUUGCUUGCAAACAGACUGAGACACAGCUUUGAUAAUAAAGUAUCCCUUAGAGAGGGAGCAGAUGUUUUCAAGUAGUGGCUGAGAAACUAACAGAUGGACACUGAACUUACAGUAUCCAAAGUGUUGCAUGAAGUAAAGUUCUGUAAUUUAGUGAAGCUCAUAACAAUAAUACCCAGUUGCAAGGCAAAACCUGAUGUGUUUGCAUCUGUGUAUGGUGUCCAGGGUAAAAAAAAAAAU